GUACGCAAUCUUCAGUUCGGACACAUCCUGACGAAGCGCUGAGGCUUGUCGAUAAAUAAUAACAUUUGAAACAUGUUUAAGUUCUGUAUAUUCCUGCUUCUCCCAACCGUCUUGUUGGCAGAACACGAAGAAAAUCACUCCAAGCGAGGCGGUAUUGUUGCGUUCAAGCUAAAACGAAAUGCUGGAUUCGAAUCGGGGAUGAAUUUGAACGAAGAGCUGCAAGAAGAUACGAUCCACUCAAGAGAGAAACGAGCAGAAAAGCAAAGUUAUAUUUAUCUUGAUAAUGUCAGUGGAAAAACUGUCAAGAUAUUCUGGAGAGACAUAAAGACAAGAAACCCUGCAGCUUAUUAUAGAACACUUGGUCCUGGUGACGGAAUUAAACUCAAUACCUAUGAAAACCAUGAGUGGACGGUGGAGGAUCUUUACAGAAGACGCCUAAUGAUUAAUGGAAAACCUUCGAUUAUUCAGAAAGAGAACAAUCGUAUGACAAGAACCAUUCUCCGUAUAACAAAUCCAGGUCAAACCGUCAGAGAAAUCGGAGAGCGAUACAUAGAAAUGAUGGUAGUCAUAGACAAAGCUGCCGCUGAUAGACACAAAAAUGACGAGGAAAUAAAAAAAUAUGUCCUGACAUACAUGCAAUUGGCAACAUCAAUCUUUCAACACAGUUCCUUAACUAAAUUUGGAAUUAGGAUUCGUUUGGUUCUUGCAAAGUUGGUAAUAUUGCGAAGUGACUUGGCCGCGGUGAAAUUGGAUCCACGUAUUAAAGACAGAAAUUUAGAAAAAGUUUGUACCUAUAUGAAUCGAAUUGGGAAUGUUGGGUCCAGGAGAUAUGAUCAUAAAAUGUUUAUAACAAGGAAUUCCUUCGGAAUGGGAGGCUAUGCGAUGACAUCAGAUUUGUGCAGUCAGAGAAGAAGUUGUUCCAUCGUUUUUGAUCAUGGAUUUACUGCCGCGUUUAUCGCUGCCCACGAAGUUGCACACUCGAUUGGAGCAGAUGACAAAGAUUAUGGCCAACAUUCAGGAUACGUCAUGUCUAAAAUCGUCGAUGCACGAUUUGAUUUUCACCGCUGGUCAGCAGACAGUCAAAUUUCUAUCCUCAAGAGCAGAAAUCUCGACUGCACAGUAAACAACCCUGGGAGGAUUCCUGGGUUCCCUAUCAUACACAAAUAUCCCGGAGUUCACUAUUCAUUUGCUCGACAAUGUCAAUUGGAAUUUGGUGACGAUCACACUGAAGAUAGACGACUAGGGCUUGAUCACUGCGAGAAAUUACAAUGCCGGUUACCACCCCCCUUCAGCUUUUUGCUUAAGACGACUAGUUCGGCCCCACUUGAUGGAACAAAAUGCGGAACGAACAAAUGGUGUUUAUCAGGAAAAUGUACGAAAAGAGCCGGGGGCGAUAUUGUCGGAUCAGAUGGUCCUAAAGUUGACGGAGGAUGGGGAUCAUGGAGACAAUGGUCACCAUGCUCCAGAACGUGCAACAAUGGUGUCCAAAUACGUCGGCGAAUGUGCGACUCACCCAGGCCAAGCAAUGGUGGAAAACCUUGCGUUGGAUCAAGUAAGCAAGAGAGAGUAUGUGAGACGAGAAGGACUUGUCCAACAUCCGUCUCAGAAAAAGAUACUGUCUGUUUUACGAACGGUGAAAAAACAAGAUCCCCACGACGAUGGAAAUACUAUGAUGACACAACAGUGAGUAUUGAUUGUACGUUUGAAAAGAGUACGUGUGCUUGGUCUAACGACAAAAAAGCCGGACUCAGAAGGUGGACUCUGCAUAAGGGUAGCACGUCAACGUCCAACACCGGACCAUCGUAUGACCAGACUCUUAAAACGAACGAAGGUCAAUACAUCUACUUUGAAUCCUCGACGCGAGGUGAUGCUAAAGCAAUACUCUCCAGUCCUCUCAUAAAGAUUCGACGAGGUUGUUUGAGAUUUUCCUUUCAUAUGUGGGGAAGCCGAAGAAUGGGUCAAUUGAAACUAAUUAAAACUAGUCGAGAAAUCAGCACCACCCUUUGGAGGAUUUCUGGAAAUCGAGGCAGGAGAUGGUAUAACCACACUAUUCAAGUGGUAAACUAUAAUCCCUAUCGGCUGUCAUUCCUGGCAAAGAAAAGAGGUGGUACAGACAAGAGCGACAUAGCUUUGGAUGAUAUUACAUUCACCGAAGGCUCGUGUACCAGCGCUGCUGUAAAGAAAGUGGAAACGAAUCCUUGCCAGAUAAAAUGCACGACAAGCGAUAACAGAAAUCCUACAAUGGUCUUAAAGAACAUCAAUGUCUUUGAUGGGACUGCUUGUUCUACCUCGACUACAACUGGAGUUUGUUAUAACGGAAUGUGCAAGACUGUCGGCUGUGAACGGAUUUUGGAUGGUAAAAAGUGCGCGAAUCGAGACAACCAGGCCGCAACCAGAAGGUCUUCAACCAGAAGGUCUUCAAGUCCUUUGGACUGUGAUUUUGAGAGAAACAUCUGCAGUUGGAAAAAUUCACGUUCCCAGCGUAAUCAAAUUAAUUGGUUUAGGCAAAGACAGACGGGCAAAGGUUAUUACCUGAGAAUUCGCCAUGGGGGAGGACGUGAAAUGAAAGUUGGUUCUUUAGUUAGUCGUGAAGUAAACGCCAACCCAGCCUGUCUAUCGUUCGCUUAUAAACUAAAUAAUAGAGGAGGUUUCGCCAGACUUCGAGUAAAGUUGAAUCAGAUAUAUGGAAAUCGGACAAAACGACCCAGCACUGUAACGACUUUGGCCACCACUGAGAUGUGGAAAGAUAUGAAAAUAACAUUGCGGAUGAGUCGACGUUUUGAGGUUGUAUUUGAAGCGACUUUAUCAUCAGGACACACGGGGUUUGUUGCAAUUGACAGCAUUCGAUUCCAAUCAGGAAGGUGUUAGUUACACCUCGAACACGGGUUAGUACAGAUGAAGGUGUCCACAUAUUCACAACUCACACUGACGUAAUCAUUUAUAUAUUCAAAAAAUAUAUGCAGUUAUGAUGGAAACCCGCCGGGGAUUGGAACAUUUUCAAUGUAUAAACACUAUGCACAUAUAUUAAUUAUAGUAUGUAAUCUUUUUCGAAAGAAAAAUUGUAAAAUAUAUAUAUUUCCAAUAUAUAGGAAGAUUUGUUGAUAAUAUAUUAAAAAUA